AUGUUUGCGGUGCUGGAAGCCGGGCGAUUCCUCUACGGUGACGUUCUUGUCGAUCUCAUCACCUCGGUGGUGUACCCCGAGGCCGACCUUAGACUGAAAGUGAGUCCCAUCAGCUAGUUGUCAAGGUUAUUCCCUUAUUAUUCGUCUCCGCCAAUCCCCUCUUAUCAAAACAAGAGUUGUAUAGUCGAUUAUACUCUCCACGAAAUGCAAUUCAUUUCAAAACUCACUUGUUCUGUAUUCUGAUAAGACCUUCUGAUAAACGAAUACUUGCAGGGUGGCCUGAAAAGAGAUACAAAUGGCCUGGGGAGUUGGCUGGGGGUGGCGGGGAGUAUGAGUGUCGCGAGUUUCCUGCUGUUGACCUUCGUGAUUCUCUUGGUUGUCGCCAUUUUGCACAUCCCCCUUCCCUACGAGAUUUGCGAUCGCCAUAAAGUCCAGUUCUUCGAGUUUUUGCUGAGAGUUUCCAAUGAAUAUGUGGUAGGUUUUGAAACCCUGUAUUACCCUCCCCUUCGCUGUGACGUCAUUAAAUUGUUCAGGGGAAUGUGAUCGAGCUCUUAUUCGGAGUCAGAUUGAGGAAUUAUUUUACCCGAUUUGUGGCGGGGAUACCAUAUUUCUUCCAAAGUAAACCCCCAAAAUGGUGUAAAAUCAGAGUGGAGAAGAUCGCCGGCGUCAAUUGCAGAGUGUAUAUUCCGGAAAAGUCGAAAAGAACGAGUGACAGUUUACUCAUCUUCAUCCAUGGUGGAGGCUGGUGCAUAAUGAAACCGAGUAAGUUCUCUCUAGGCAGCGGUCAUCCAUGCAGUCUCAUGUGUAAUGAUCAGUGAAGUGCUUGCAACGGAGCUCCAUUUUUUUCUAAAACACCGACUUCUUGUUGGAAAAGCAAAGAAACUCGGUCAUUGAAUUCAUUUCACGUGCCUUUCAGGAUAUUAUGAUGGUCCUUUACUGUCGUUGAUCCGCCGAACUGGAACCCCGAUCGUCUCCAUCGACUACGACCUCUCUCCGGAGAAACAAUUCCCUCACGCCAUAUUACAAUGCGAGGGAGUCAUUAAAGAGUUAUACGAAAAGAAGUAAGAAUCUCACACUUAAUCAUCUUCUAUCUUCAGAUUCGCGGAUUACAAGGUGAACAAAGAGAAGAUGGUGCUCAUGGGAGACAGUGCCGGAGGCAAUCUAACCGCAGUCACUUGUCAGAGAUUGAAAAGACAGGGAAAAGGACAUUACAUUAAGGUACGCUGCUUAAUUAUAUAUAUGAAAUUAUAUUGAAAAAAAUAUCAAAAAGAACUCUUACAGUCUCAAAUCCUCGUCUACCCUGUAAUACACAUGUUCGACUUCCUCUCGCCCUCGUAUCAACUAUAUUAUUAUCGAUACAAAGGAACUGCCCUUCUGAAUCCAUAUUCCCUGGCCAGAUGGUACCUGAUGUAUGUGGGGAUCGAGCCGAGUAUGAAGAAUAUAAAAUUGAUGAUAAAGAAUCAGCAUUUGCACAAGUAAGGGUUCCCCCUUGUAGGUACAACAAUCAAUCAUCCGUUUCCGUAGAAAAUAAUUUUUUUCAGAGAGGUUGUUGAACAUCUUGAGAAUACGGGGUUAGUCCACCAUCACAGACUGCCUCUGGCAUGGACCGACAAAUCCACUUAUCAGAAACCAAUUCAGACUUCGAAUUCCGAUCCUCAAGUAAGUUUUUAAAAUUUUUUUUAUUUUGACGAAACGUAUAAUAAAAAUUGAUUUCAUGAUUACUAAAUGUCACACGGUAGAUGAUUACGUUUUUGUUUUCAGCUGGCCGAAAAAUUCCGUCAAAUCCUGACAAAUCCGGACAUCUGCCCAAUAAUCGAAAAGGAUUUAGCGAAUCUGCCUCCGGCGUUGAUUAUGACAGCUGGGAUCGAUGUUCUCAGAGAUGAAGGGGUCCAUUAUGCAGCUCGGCUCAAGGAGAAUGGGGUUAGAACAAGGUGGAAUCAUUACGAAUCAGCCUUCCAUGGAGUUAUGAAUAUGCCAAAGAGUAAACAAAGAAAGCAGAUGCUGGACGACAUCCACACGCAUCUUCUGGAGCUAAAACUACUAUAG